AUGUCUCCGAUAAGACCAUCUCACGAGGAAGUCGACAUCAACCUGCUCCUGACCCAGCUUACUCUUGAUGAGAAAAUCUCAUUGCUCGCUGGAGCAAACGUUUGGGAAACAGUUCCCAUUGAACGCCUAAACAUCCCAUCUCUGAGAGUCACAGAUGGCCCAAAUGGAGCACGUGGUAGCCAAUUCUUCGAUGGGACAACAGCAGCUUGUUUCCCCGCGUGUGUCUCAAUCGCUGCAACCUUCGAUCGUGCUUUAACAAAACGGAUUGGCAAAGCACUCGGUCAGGAGUCUCAGACCAAAGGUUCUUAUGUGCUCCUUGGACCGACUGUCUGCUCUCAUCGUUCGCCUCUCGGAGGUCGUAACUUCGAAGCAUUCUCAGAAGAUCCCAUCCUUUCUGGUGUUCUUGCAGCGGAGUAUGUGAAGGGCCUUCAGUCUGAGCAUGUGGGAGCCACGAUCAAGCAUUUCUUGGGAAAUGAGCAGGACACCAGACGGUUCUCUGUCAAUGAGUUGAUAUCAGAGCGUGCAUUGAGAGAAAUCUACUUGCGGCCUUUCGAGAUAGUCGUCAAGACAUCUGAUCCCUGGUGUCUUAUGACUAGCUACCCGAAAAUCAACGGCGCCCACAUUGACACCAGUCAGGAAUUCUUGCAGAGGAUUCUUCGGCAGGAAUGGGGGUACUCGGGCCUGGUGAUGAGCGACUGGGGGGCAACCACCAGCACAGUUGAGAGUCUGAAUGCAGGCCUCGACCUCGAAAUGCCAGGAAAGUCCAAGUGGCGAGCUCUUGAACAAGUCAAGCCAGCCAUUGAAGCUGGUGAGGUGCCAGAAAGCACCAUUAAUGACCGUGCACAUGCCGUUCUGCGUCUUCUGAAGAAGACUGGCAAAUUCGGUGAGCGCAGGGCAGAUCUUCCAGAAACUGCCCAGGAUUUGCCUGAGCAUCGAGAUUUGAUUCGACAAGCUGGAGGAGAAGGCAUCGUGUUGCUGAAAAACGAGGCUAUUUUACCACUUAACAAGGGUCAACUCAAGAAGAUUGCUCUCCUUGGCCCUCUUGCAAAGCACGCUGCUGCCCAUGGAGGAGGCAGUGCGUCGUUAAAUUGCCAUUACAAGAUUUCCCCGUUUAAUGCCUUCUCUUCUCGCUUGGGGUCUGAUGUUGAUGUGACUUAUUCGAAAGGAGCUCAUAUAUUCAGGGUAUAUCCUGACAUGGAAGAAGACUGCAAGACUUCUUCCGGGAAACCAGGGUUCACCGCCAAGUACUGGAAGAACUCCACAUUCGAGGGCGAACCAUUCCAUACGGCGGAUUUUCCUCGAGGUUCUUUCACAACCCUCAUGGACACCGCAGUCGAAGGCAAACUUGGUGUCCGAUUCACAACAACAUACACACCAUCUAGCUCGUCAAGCCCAUAUCUAAGCUUCAGCACAAUGGGACCAUCGAAAUUGUUUAUCGAUAGUGUGCUCCUCUUCCAGCAAAACAAGCCUACUAAAGAUUCGAUGUCUUUUCUUCUGGGCGUGCAGGACGAGCUCCAGUCUCAGUAUGAAUUCAAAGCUGGCAGGUCUUACGAAAUUCGCAUUGACACAAUUCCGUCCCCCGAACCAAACGGGGAGCUCUACCUCCUCGACGGCCAAAUAGCUGCUCAUCUCGGCUUCAUCUCACAAGCGGAAAUGGAACUUGAUGUGCUCUCAGAAGCUACCAAACUCGCAGAAGAGGCAGACAUAGCCAUAGUUUUUGUUGGUAACAACGCGCAGUGGGAAACGGAAGGCCAAGAUAUGAACGACAUGAAUUUGCCCGCAAAUGGAUCUCAAGAUCGGCUUGUUGCAGCGGUAGCGGCAGCUAAUCCUCGUACCAUCGUAGUGAAUACGACGGGUGUUGCUGUCACAACACCAUGGCUUGACUCCGUUCCAGCAUUUUUGCAAGCUUGGUACGCCGGACAAGAAACGGGAAAUGCUAUCUUCGACGUCCUGUUUGGGGAGGUAAAUCCUUCUGGCAAAUUGCCAAUCUCAUGGCCAAAAGAAUACGAACAUACAGCUGUGUAUGGAAAUUUUGGCAUGGAUAGCUAUGAGUCCAGGCAAGUCGAAUAUGUGGAGGGUAUUUUCGUCGGAUACAGACAUUUCGAUAGAAUGUGGGGUACCGAGAAGGAAGUGCGGUGGCCGUUUGGCUUUGGCCUGAGUUAUACGACCUUUGAACUCACCAAUGCAGGGGUCGAUGGUAGUUUUGAGGAUCUAAACGGGAAUGGAGUGGUCAUAACUGCUGAUGUUGCCAACACUGGGAAGGUUGCAGGUGCCGAAGUUAUUCAAAUGUAUAUCCUCUCACCUAAUUCUGGGUCAGAGGAGCAUCCAAUCAAGUGCCUUGCUGGAUUCGAGAAGAUCAGAUUAGAGCCUGGCAGGAAACAGAGCAUAUCUAUCAGGCCGAGUGCUCAGCAGGCAGCUUACUGGCAUGCUGAGACAAGGAAGUGGAAGGUACAGGCUGGAGAAUAUAGACUCUGGCUGUCGACGAGCUCGAGUCCCGAUGACAAGAAAGCCAAUCUCAGUCUAAAAAUAUUCCCGGACUAA